UAGAUGGUUUGGAUACUAAUUAUUAUUAGAUAAAAAGAUAUGAAUAUUUAAAUUUUUUGAACUAAAUGAUAUAAUCCCCGAAUUCGAGCUGCUCUCUCGAGCUGAUUGAUGAGCAUAACUCCGGAUUUUUCCAGAAAUAGCACCUUUAAAAAUUUUACAAAAAUAGCACUCAUUCCGUAGAAAUUACAAAAAUAGCACCCUUUUUAAAAACCGCACCCCAGGUGCGUUUUGCAUGUAAACCGCACCUCCCUAGUGUGUUUUGUCAUUAAACCGCACCUUGGGGGUGCGUUUUAGUUUUCUGGGCCAAAACCGCAUCUUGUCCAUGCGGUUUGCGGUCUGACCUAACCAAACCGCAUGGCCCAGAUGCGGUCUAGGCCUGACCUAGUAAAACCGCACUUUGGCAACACAAACCGCACCCUCAAGGUGCGGUUUUGGCAACACAAACCGCAUCCCCCAAUGCGGUUUGUGUGUCAAUUAUUUUCCGACACCGGACAUGCAGCCAUGCAGAUUUACAGACGUGGGGCUGCAUGGCAGAUGAAAAACGCACCUCUAAGGUGCGGGUUUCAUUGAUGAAUUUGCCUAUAAAAGACAGCCGGGAAAUCUUCUUCUCUUCACACCUCUCAUUCUCCCUUUUCAAUUUUCUAUUGUAACUCCCUAUUUCUCUAGUGUUUUUACGGUUAACGUUAACUCGUAAGUUUAUUUUUUAUUACUUUUAUUGUGAAUUGUGAAUUGUGAUUUUUAUGAUAUUAGUUGAACUAGUGUUUUUUUGCAGAUGGCAUUCCAAAAGUUCACGCUUGGUUUACGGUGGAAUGGUUACACGAAAGAGAGCGGAAAGAGGGUCACCUAGUCGGUGGUAAUUUUCAGAAAAUAAAGGUCGCUUCCAGACCGAUGCUUGAAGACCUCAAUCAAAUGUGUACUAACGUUACUUGCAUGGAUGGCAUGAGAAGAGUUGAUCGUAUGGUGUACCAAUAUCCAAACAGAGAAGGUGGGUCGUUGUGGCACGAGAAAUAUCUCAUAACCAGUCAGGAUGAGGUAGAUGCCAUGCUCGAAUUCUUGAGGUCCAACAAUCUUUCCAGAGCCGAGAUGUUCGUUUAUACCAAGCCGGUCAUAGGUGUUGGAGUUCAUUCUGGAGACGGUCAAACAUCUGGUAUCCAUGGUGGAGAUGAAUUAUAUGGAGAUCAUCCCUACCAAAGUUACCAUGAUCCUCAUUCCUAUUUUCAGUACCAAGAGCAAGGUGAAGGUCAUCAUCAAUCUUACCCGUCAUAUGAAGAAGAAGUUCAACCGGACCAUGCCAACCAACCCCAGUACAACUUCCAAUCAGGCAGUUGUAGUUUUCACAACUACCAUUAUGGAGCUGAUGAAGGUGUCUUUCAUGAGCUGAAUCAGAUGGAAGAUGCCCUGCCAGCACCAGUCAGUGACCCCUCCGAUGAAGAAGGAGAGAACAACGUCAGUGCAUACAGCUCCGACCCUCUUGAAGGUGCUGAUGACCGUGUACCAGUCCCCUACUACAAUCACAUUCCAGACGACAAUUGGAUGGUCGACAGCGACAUGGAACCGCCAGAGGUUCCAAUAUGGGGUCUACUCACUGGGUUUAUGAAGGGCUAACAAUUUGGCUCGAAGAAAGAGGUGCGGCACGCCAUUGAUACUGAAGCAAUGACUCGGCAUUUUGAAUGGCACACAACUCAUUCCAACACAAAAAGGCUCAUAGUCAGAUGCUGUAAUCAUAAUGAGGGAUGCAAUGUUAGGAUUCGGGCCAUCAACAGCGAGAGACACGGCCAUUGGGUCAUAUCCCGUGCGAUGAACACACACACAUGUGUGUCAUCCAUAACAUCUCAAGGCCAUCGACAGUUGAAAUCUAGGGUGGUUGCAUUGAGAGAUGCGUUGCACAAAUGGUGGUAGAUAUUAGCUAGGCAAGCCAAUGCCCAACUCAACUCCCCCAUCGCAUCCCAACUACCAAGGAGGAUCAUAAGCCAUCCACAGCUAAUUAAAUUGCUCAAUUUUUUUUGGAGAAAAACACUCCUCCUAUCAUGCCUAUUAGAUAGACAAGAGCAUUUCCUUCUCCAGCUCCAGACUUUUCUCGGUUAGGGGCACCCCACCUUUUUCAGGAUCGUGAUGGUCCCUAAAAUACUUCGUCAACCAAGUGAUUGAUACUUGGCCUUUCCUCAAUGGUGGCAAGCGAUCCGUUGCAUCAAUGCUCCCCUUGGUUGGUACUUUCACCCCCCAAAACACUGUGGAUGAAAUACUGCCAACCGAUCAUACCGUCACGAUCCUCGGGGGGAUGAUCACUCACACCCACCGCUUUGCCGUCGAUAGGCAGAUGAGUUAGGAUGGCGACGUCCUUGAGUGUGAUGGUGCACUCUCCUUCGCGAAAAUUGAAACAAUGUGUCUCCUUUCUCCAUCUCUCUACCAAUGCGGUGAUGAGUUGGCGAUCAACUUUUAUGCCUACAAAAUGCCUAAUCGACUCCAACCGUGCCCUUUUGAGAUAUGGCAAGAUAACUAGGUUCCAUGGGAGCACAUUGGUCGUACCCCUGUAGCGCAGUAUUUGUUGUGCCUCCUAGCAAAAAAUUCAACGUUAUUUAUGAUAUAUUAUUAACAGUUUAGUCUUAUAACUAAAUAAAUUAAAAUUAAUAAAUUAAUUUCAACCAUUAUUAAAAUUAUUUAUGAUAUAUUAGUAAAGUUUAGUCUUAUAAAUAAAUUAAUUAAAAUUAAGGAUUUAAUUUCGACCAUUAUUAAAAUUAUUUGUGAUAUAUUAGUAAUAGUUUAGUCUUAUAACUAAAUUAAUUAAAAUUAAUGAUGUAAUUUCCAAGAUAUAUACAUAUUAUCAUAACAAAAAUACUAAAUAAAUUGACAUAAAUAACAUUAUAAAUGAAUAAUAAUUUAAAGAGAUACAUACAUAUUCAAACAUUUGAAAUUAAUAAAAAUUAUUUAAGUACACAUAAACAUAAAUUGUAUUGGUUGUUUGGUAAGUAAUUUAAUUGUAUGGGUUGUUUUAAAUAAUUUAAUCGAAUACAAUGCAACACUCGUUAGAUUCUUAGAAGAGGUAUACAUCUUCUUAGAAACGCAGCCUUUUUGACAGAAAAAGGGGGGAUCCGAGGAUCUCUUAAUACCCGAUUUUUCCAGGAAAUGGGAGGAUCAUGAUAAUCGCUUAAAACCCCAUUUCCUUACACGUGCAUCUCUUUAUAAAGAGUCGAAGUAAGUGGCGCUAUGUAUUCGAUUAAAUUAUUGAAAACAACCAAUACGAUUAAAUUAUUUCAAAUUUAUUUUAUAUUCCACUAAGUACAUUAGCAAAAUGAAAGAAAUAUAAAUGAUGAAGAAUUGUAUGUACCAGGUGAUCGUUCCAAACAUCCCUUGAACGAUGGUUGGGUUGGUCAUACAAGUCGGUCGGAUCAAUAGGCCCUUGAUCCAAAUAGUACCGUUGGUUGUAUAUAUUCACGUCGUCUCCAACCUACGAGAGAAUAAGAACAAGGUUAGUAC